AUUGAAUAUGACGAGCCCUGGGGUGACUCCCAGGUCUUUUCGCAAAGAUCAAAGAAUUAUCAAUUUGUCAAAAGAAAUAUUGGAGGCGAAAGAUAGGAGAGUUCCAGUUCUGUUACUUGAUCUCAAAGACAUUUUAAACAGUUCUGAAUCUACAAAAGAUACAGUGAGAAUAAAAAGAGAGUUAUGGGAAUAUAAUAUUCACCAAGUGGUAAUUCUAGUGUUAAGACAAGAUUAUAGUGUCAUAACAGGAGAAUGGUCAACUGCUGCAAAUAUAGCUAAAUUGCUAAGUGUAAUUUGUACAGGAAUUGAUAUAAAGGGACCAGGUUCUUCAGAAUUCUAUAAUGAAUUAUUACCUAAAGCUUGUGAGAACUUAUUUUUAUUGUCUCGACAUAUCCAGGCUCAAAUUGCUCAUGUAGAAGACACCAUAAAGGGUGAAGAAGAAGAAAAGAAGUUAUUUGAUAAUUUUCAAACUGUCAUGGAUUCUUUAGCUUUUCUGGUCUCGGCUCAUAGUCAACUCUGUAAACAAGUGUAUUCAUCACCAUGGUUACUACAGUUAUUGAUAUCAGAUGAUCCAGAUACUGUUGUUAUUGUUAUGACUUUAUUGACCAAAAUAUUCAGAAUAAAUGGGUAUAUUUUAAAUAAAUUAGAUGACAGUAUAAUCUUCAAUAUAAUGGACGAAUUGAUUUAUAAAUUAACAGUUAAUAAUGUUAUAGAAGUAGCAGCUAUAGCUACAAAGUGUGUAUUAAAGAUUUGUGAUUAUCAUAGAGGAGUUGUUGGUUCAUUAACAGCUAGAUAUAAGGGAUUAAAAGCAUUACUAGGUAAAUGGGCAGGAGAAGGGUUUGAUAGAGAUUUAAGACAUCUACAUACAUUAUUAGAGACCGGCUCUGUACAUAGAGCUGAAAAUGAGAAAUUUUUUGAUGCAGCGGUUAUGAUACAGAUGAUGUGGAGAGGAUUUGUUACCAGGAAAAAACUACGCAAAGCAAAUAAUGCAUUUUCAAAUUUUCAGAAAUCAUAUAGAUUAAGAAAGAAAGAAGUUACAAUGAAACAAGAAGAGAAAAAAUUAGCUCAGCAGUUUGAAAGACAGUUGAAAGAAAAUAGGUUAAAGAUUAUGAGAGAAUUUCAUCAACGCCAGUUACAUACUAUAGAGAUUUUACCUGCUGCCAAAGUUGAUGAAUACCUAGCCAAAGAAAAAUCAGUAGCUGCACUAAAGAUACAAACAUUGUGGCGUGGAAAAAAAGAAAGAGACCUGUUACCAUGGAGACAAGAAGUACAGAUGCAAGUUAAAGCAGCUAUUAAAAUACAGCGUACUGUAAGAAAAUGGCUCGAUAAAUUAGCUGAUAAAAAUAAAAAUAUAUCAAUAUCUUUAAAACCACCUGGUUUAACUGAUGCUAGACGACUAGAAUUAAGGUCUAAAAUACAAGAAUGGAGAGAUCUUCAUCCGACUCACAUAGAUAAUCGUGAAUCAUUACAAGAAAUACAUAAUAGAGCAGCACAGUUGCUGGCUAAUCAUUAUUCAGGUAUUAAACCUCAACGUCAACAACAACAGCAUAUUGAUGCUCUAAUAGCUAGAUUAGAUACAGAUUCAGAUCUGGUGUUAUUGGCACCAAAAUUAAAAGAUAUCACAGAAAAAGAUGCUGAAAUGUACACUAGUAGAUCAGUACCAAUAGCUACUAAAGCUAGAGUAAAUCAUCUGGAAACAUUACGUAAAAUAAAACUACCAUGGUGGAAACGUUUAGACGAGGAAGAUGACAUGGAUUUGAAAUCAGAAUAUCAAGAUACAGAUGAAUUUGUCUUUUAACUUGAAAAUUUGAAGAGCUCUUAGUAACAAGUCUAUAUUUCAGUCAGUUUUACUCAUCUGUAUGGAGAUCAUUGCCACAAGAUUACAUUAGAAAAGAAGAAUUGAAUUGAUGUAGAGGCUGUAUUUUUAUCUUAUUGAAUUUUUUGCAUCUUCACAAUUUCUGUAUUAUAAUUUCAUAUAAGAUGUAUCAGAAAUUUCAUAGAACAAUUAUUGAAGUUUUCCCCAGCAAUCAAUUAAGUGAAAUAAAGAAAUGUAAUCCAUGUUAUCAAAAUGAUAUUUUCAAGUUUUGUCACGCUUAUGUAGAUUUGUUUAUGGUUUUCCAGGCAUUGAGAAAGUUUUGCAGGAAAUAUACAUGGUUAAAGUAUACCUUUGUUUUAUUAUUGAUAGAUCUGAUCAAACUGUUAUAUAAUAUUGUAGUAAAUAUAUCCAAUGAUUCAUUCCGUCCUUAUAACUUGUUAUUUAUAUUUAUCAUUUAUUAGUUGAAUAUAUUAUAAAUAUAUAAUAUUAUGAUUUUUAAAUUACCAGUCAUUGGACUUUAAAGUCAUAUCCCAUAUUCCUAUCAAGAGAUACAUGUAUUGUUUUGUUAUAGUUUUGUUUAACAAAAUAUCAUAAUGUAAAAUAAACCUAUGAAGAAUCAGUGCUUGUAGAUGUUCAUCAUUUUACUUGGCAUAUUUUGAUUUUUGCAAAUAAUUAAAUGUUAAAUUAAUGCGUU